CUUCUCAGGCAUUCCUCCUUUUUCUGUCUUUCAUAGGGAAUUGUUAUUCUGUGUGUAGAAGUGAAUAAGUUAUGUUGAGGCUGUAAAGUCCUGCUCCCACUUUUUUGUUUGCUCAGUGUUAAGGAUGUUCUAGUCUAUGUAAACAUCAGUCAUAUAUAAAAUUUAUAUUUUUAAGCAGGAGUUUGCAGUACUUCCUCCUUAAUCACUGUUUCAGCAUUUCUCUGUUUUUCUGCUUAUAGCAGUUGGUUUCUUACAAAUAUUGUCUAUCCCUACUUUUUCUUUGUCAUUUAAUUCUUUUGUAACGGAAUUCAUUCAUUGCUUUUACUUACACUGUUCUGAUCAUCAAUAACUAUGGGAACUGCUGGGAUAAACUUUGUUUACAGGAAAUAAUUUUUUCCCUGCCAGUCCGAACGUGUUUGUAGAUGCCGAGCAAUUGAACCAGCAUGCUGACAAGUCUGUAAGAUUGUUCCCACUUCUUGAGAUUUCUUAUAAAAUAAUGUGUGUUAUUGUACAAAUUAAGCAUCUUUUGAAAUAUGUGAGCCUUAAACAAGAAAAUAUGUACUUAACUGAUGAAAGCAUCAUUUCAUACCUCUUUGUGUAGACCUAAAUGGGAAGAUCAAAGAGGAGACUUGGAAUUGUGUUCUGUCCAGCAAACAAAGCACUGAUCAGAUCCCUGGCUAUUAGUGCUGUGAGCAUUCGCAGUCAGGAGUUCCUCCUUCCAUCAGAGAGCCAGUAGUUGAAGCAAAUGUGUAAGUGCUGUUGAAGUGUAAAGGAAGGAUGAGAAAAAGUUACUUGCCCAAAUUGUGCAGUUAAGACUAGUAACAGUUUUUUCUUCUACUUCGGAACUAAUACCAGUUCUCCUCACUUUUUAUGAAUGUUCAAGGACUGAUAAUCCAAGGCCCAGAGCAUUUGUAAUGUAUGUUUUAUAUCUAUACUGUUAGUCAGAUUUCUUUUUUUUGUAAAUGGUUUGUAAGCACUGUAUUCUUUUGAAUACUGGCUUAGUAUUUGUCUUUGACUACACUAAGUUCACUCACUGGUGAUGGUAUGUUAUAGUAUCUGAGAAAGCAGAAUGCUUGAACUUCGGAGUUGCAGAGCAAUUUCGUACAGUUGCAGGUCAAUUUGAUGAAGUUUCUUCAGAAAUUUCACGUCAAAGAUGACUUAACUUCCAAAAUUCACUUUCCAAAAUUCCAGAAUUAAUGCCUUCAGCAACAUGUCCAAAAUAUACUUUUGCUCUUGUGAGUGCUGCCUCCUCUAUUGUACAGACCUUGACAAGAAUGCUGAGAAGCGAUGGCAAAAUGUGUCCCUUUUCAUCUUGUACUUUGCAUUUCGUAGCAAUGCAGAUCUUAUGUUGUGAACUAAAUGAAAAGAUGAACAUGCACUGGUCGAUUCUGUAACAACAGAAGUGGUAACCAGUGAAUCACUGAGGAGUGGUUCAUCAUCUGGUGCUUUGCAAAAGAGAGAAGAUUGAUGACAUCUGUGAAGCAAUGGAGCUCAGUCAGUUGAUUUCUAUAUGGAGAGAAGAGCAGAACAACAAACAGUCUGCUAAUUACUGGAGCAGCAAUGGAAUGCUCUCAGCUGGCAGGAGAGAGGGAAGAGGAACGUUUGCUGUCUACCAGAAGUAUUUUAACACUUUUCCCCUUUGGUCAGUUUUUGGGCACCUGACAGAAUCACAGUCAUCUUACAUCCUGAUAGUCAUCAUAUCGUUGACUCAUUCCAUGUUGGAAGGGACCUCAAGGAUCAUCUGGUCCAAUCUUUAUUGGCAAAACUCCUGACUGUGGCUAUAACAGUCUAGAUGAGAUGGCCCAGCACCCGUCCCAGCUGAAUUUGAAGUGUCCAGUGUUGGGAAAUCCACAACUUCCCACAUAACGGGAUCAUUUCAAUGGCUGAUUGUUCUCAUAAUGAAAAAUUUUCUUCUUGUAUCCGAUCAGAAUCUCCCUAAGUAUGACUUGCACCCAUCACCCCUUACUUUUUUCCAUAUGAUCCCUUAUGAAAAGGGAGUCUCCAUCUUCUUUGGAUGUACUCUUUAAAUAAAGGGACAUGAUGAUAAGGUGUCCUCUAAACUUCUUUUCUCCAGGCUGGACAAACACAGUUCUCUCAGACUUUCCUCCCAUGGCAGGUUUCUCAGUCCUUUGUUCAUCUUUGUGGCCCUUCACCUUUUCCAGCCUGUCCACAUCUUUCUUGUAUAGCAGGGACCAAAACUAAACACUAUUCUAGGUGUGGCCUGACCAGCACUGUGUAAAGUGGGGUAGUGAUUUCUUUAUCUCUACUGAUGAUGUCCUUGUUGAUGCAACCCAGCACUGUGUUGGCUUUCUUUGCUGCAGCAGCAAACUCUUCACUCGUACUGAGCUGUACUCAUACUCCACCAGUACCCCCAAGUCCCUUUCCAUAGAGCUGCUCCCCAGCCAGGUAGGUCACAUCUUGUGCUGCUCUUCCUAUAGUAUAUUUUUCCAAAUGCAUGACCUUAGCAUGUCCUUGUUGAACUUCAUCAGGUUGUUAGCCUACUCUUCCAACCUAUCCAGGUCUUCCUGCAGGGUGACUCUCCCUUCCAAAGUGUCCACUUCCCCACUCAGGUUGGUAUUGUUGGUGAACUUCACUAGGGUACACUUGAUCCCAUCAUUGAAAUCACUGAUGAAAAUAUUAAACAGUUUUGUACUAAUAUCGAUCUCUGAGGGACUCACUUGUGACAGUUGCCAGUUUGAAAGGGAACUAUUUACACCACCCUAUGGCUGUGGCCGGUCAGCCAAUUCCCCACCCACCACAUGGACCACUUGUCCAGGCCAUCACACAUCAGUUUCUGUAGGAGGAGGCUGUGGGAAGUCAUAUCAGAGCCUUGGAGAUACCCAGGUAGACAAUGUCCACUGCUUGCCCUGUAUCAACUGAGCAGGUUACUUUGUUGUAAAAUGCAAUACUUUGUUGUAAAAGGCAAUGAUUGUCAAAUGCACUUUGUUCUUCAUGAAUCCAUGCUGUCUUUUCCUAAUCACAUGCUUCAUUAGGCUUGUGACAACUCCCAGGAGAAUUUGUUCUGUAAGUUUGCCAGGGACCAGAGUAAGACUGAUGGACCUGCCAUUUUCUGCAUCCUCCUUUAAGUCUUUCUUGUAGAUGGGAUUGACAUUAGCUGCCUUUUAGUCUUCUCGGACGUCUCCCAAACUCCACAACUUCUCGAAGAUUAUGGAGAGUGGCCUUGCGCCAUGUCAGUCAGCUCUCUUAACACCCUUGUUGGGUACUGUCAGAGCCCAUCAAUCUGUAGGGGUCAAGCUCCUUUAAUAGUUCACAUACCAACCCUUCCUUCACCUGUGGUGGGUCUGUGUUUGCAUCAGCCAGGAUUUUUGUUCCUAAGGCCUGGUGCUGGAAAGGACAUAGGUGAAGAAAGUACCUCCGCCUUUUCAGCCUUAAUGGUGACUAAUUCAUCUCUCCUGUUUAACAGCAGGCAAAUAUUUUUUGUCUGUCUCUGCUCGUUGUUUAUGUACCUGUCCUGGUUUCAGCUGGCAUAGAGUUUAUUUUCUUCCUAGUAGCUGUCACAGUGCUCUAUUUUGAAUUUGGUAUGCGAAUAAUGUUGAUAACGCUGAUGUUUUGGUUGUUGUUAAGUUGUGUUUGUCCUACAUCAAGGACAUUUCAGUGUCCCAUGCUCUGCCAGUGAGGAGAUCCACAAGAAGCUGUGAGGGAGCAUGGCCAGGACAGCUAACCCUGACUGCCCAAAGGGAUUUUCCGUACCACAGAAUGACGUGCACAGUAUAUGAACUAGUGGGAGUUGACUGGGAGGGGCCCAUCGCUGCUCGGGGGCAGACUGGGGAUUGAUCGAUCAAUAGGUGGUGAGUGAUUAUGUAUCACUUGUGUUUCUUGAGUUUUAUUCCUCUCUUUUUCCUAUUUUUAUUUUACUGUAUUUCAAUCAUUAAACUGUUCUUAACUGAUGGUUUUAUCUUUGUUCUGAUACUCUUCUCCAUGCCAUUGGAGUGGGGUGUCUGCAUGGUACUUAGCUGUACUCUGAGGCCAUGAUAGUAUCUGAAGAUUCUGUUCUUGCAGGUUUCGACAUCUCUGACUAAUUUCAAUUUGAGCUGAGCUUUUGUUUUUCUAACUGCAUCUCUGCACACCCUGCAAUGCCCAAUUACUUGGGCAUAAUUCUGAAGCCCAAAAGAAGGUUCAUAGAGAACUGGAUGAGAUGUUUGAAGGAUAUCAAGUAUUGAAUGGCACAAAUAUUCAGAUCAUAAUUUAUGCCGUACACAGAAACCCCAAGAUCUUCUGUGACAUAGAAGAGUUCAGGCCUGAGCGAUUCUUCCCUUCAAAUUGUUUUUUUAAUCAACUAAAAUUUUAUUCUGAAGAGUUCAGGAAGUGGUCAUUGUUCAAUCUUUGGUUAGGACCAUUGCCUGUCGUAGUUUUGUAUCACCCUGACAGUGUGGAGGUUAUUUUGAACAGUUCAAAACAUAUAGAAAAAUCAUACCUGUACAACUUCCUGCAUCCAUGGCUGGGCACUGGACUUCUGACAAGCACUGGAGACAAGUGGCGGUCGCGGAGGAAGAUGAUAACUCCCACUUUCCACUUUGCAAUAUUGAAUGAUUUUCUAGAGGUUAUGAAUGAACAAGGAAGUAUUUUGGUUAAGAAACUUGAAAAGCAUGUUGACAAGGAACCAUUUGAUGUCUUUCUGGACAUCACUCUGUGUGCCCUUGAUAUCAUCUGUGAAACAGCAAUGGGCAAAAAUGUAGGUGCUCAGAAGAAUAAGAAUUCUGACUAUGUUUCUGCUAUCUACAGGAUGAGUGAUCUAAUCCAACAGAGACAGAAGAGCCCUUGGCUUUGGCCUGAUCUUUUAUACAUGCUAUUCAAGGAAGGAAGAGAGCACAAGAGGAACCUCAAAAUCCUUCACAAUUUUACAGAUAGAGUCAUUGCAGAAAAAGCUGCAGAACUUGAAAACACUAAGCAAAAAAAACAUGAUAAUGAUGGCAACUGUGAAGAAAGUGUCUCCAAAAAGAGAAAAGCAUUCCUGGACAUGCUGCUGAGUGCAACAGAUGAUGAAGGGAACAAACUGAGCUACAGGGACAUUCGUGAGGAAGUGGAUACUUUCAUGUUUGAGGGCCAUGAUACAACAGCAGCUGCUAUGAACUGGGUCCUUUACUUGCUUGGACAUAAUCCUGAAGUUCAGAAGAAGGUUCACAAAGAAUUGGACGAGGUGUUUGACAACACUGAGCGUCCUGUUACAACAGACGACUUGAAACAGCUUCGAUACCUUGAGUGUGUUGUGAAAGAAGCCCUUCGGCUCUUCCCUUCGGUUCCCAUGUUUGCCCGUACCUUGAGAGAGGACUGCUGUAUUAGUGGAUAUCAGAUACCAAAAGGCGCAACUGUUCUUGUUUUAACUUAUGCCCUGCACAGAGACCCGGAGAUCUUCCCGGACCCAGAGGAGUUCAGGCCUGAAAGAUUCUUCUCUGAAAAUUCUAAGGGAAGGCACCCAUAUGCUUACGUGCCCUUCUCAGCUGGUCCCAGGAACUGUAUUGGUCAGCGCUUUGCACAAAUGGAGGAGAAAACUCUUCUAGCCCUCAUCCUGCGGCGCUUUUGGGUGGAGUCAUGUCAAAAGCCAGAAGAGCUUCGUAUAGCUGGAGAAUUGAUUCUUCGUCCAAAUAACGGCAUCUGGAUUAAGCUGAAGAGGAGACCAAAUGCUGGAUCAGAAUGAAACCCAUUUCAAGGGUUUCCUUCCAAAAAUUUUCAAGCUAUUUAGGCUGAAAUAUGUUUUAAAAUCAGAUAUUUUUAUGUCAGUCCAGCAGUUUGUUAAAACUGGUUGUUACUGUUUCAUUAAAGAUGUUGUAAUAGUCCUAAAUUGCUCUGCUUUUCUAGUACUUGUGAACUUCAUGUUAAUCUUUGAACUGCAAGUCUUUAAAUAUUAACUUUUAAUGCCUUAUCUGCUCAGAUGAAACUAUUCUAUUGCAACAGUGCCACAAAACCUUAAGUUAUGGUAGUAACAACAGCAAUGCCUGUGAUUAAGUGAUUUGGUUACAUGCCGUAGCAUUUGCCAGGUAACUGAUAGUCUCAAAUAUUUGUACAGUUUUCGGGUUUCUGAAAUAUACAGUAUCAUAAUUCUUCCUCUCAGGCAAUAUUUUUCCUUUUUGAUAAUGACUGUAUCUGUGAAGACGAAGCAAAAAUCUCUGAUGAUUUCUCUCCUCCUCUGUAAACAUUUACAGUAGUUCUUAAAUAGUGAGUGCUCUGAAUUAUUUUUUAGCAAAGCAUACCAUAAGCAUUAAUCUGUAUAACCAUACCAGAAAGCAGAUAGUGUGCAAAUUACACACUGGAUGUCGCAAUGACAGAACCACUGUAUUUGCAAAUAAACUUCUACUGUGCCUCAA